AUGUCAGCACCUUCUGAAGAUGAGCUGCUCACUACCUCCUGGCUGUUCUCAGAAUGGAUUGCUGCCUUUGGACCGCUCACUCACGCUCAGAAAGCACUGGACUACUUCUCCCUUUCUAUCUUCUGGGACAAACAGAGCACGAACCAGGUCCUACGCAUGCAGACGCAGCACGCGCUGGGUCCGGAUGGACUGGGAGGGAGCGGGGUGGAUGAGGAGAGCGAACUGAGGAAGUUUACCGGGGUUGAAUUUGCCGUCGUGCAUGGGAGGCCGCCGGGCUUGUGGGUCAUACAUAAACGGGAACGGUUUUCUCCUGACGAAGUCCGACCUCUAGCCGCGUACUUCAUUUUGAACAACACAAUCUACCCGUCUCCCUCGCUCUACUCCGUCCUCUCCACCUCACUAAGCACGACCCUGCACCACCUGUCCGCCUCUCUCGCCCUCUUGCGCGCCCAGAAGCCGGCUUACAACCCCCGUGUCGGUACUUCCUGGCCCAUUGCCCCUCCCCGGGAUCCAACACGCAGCCUCGCAGCCGGGCGCAGCAGAGCGGGGAGUGUGAUACCCGAAGAAGGUGGAAGCGUCGAGCCCCGGGCGGGAGGGGAGACAGUGGAGAGGAAGAAGGAAGAGGAAGUCGUACCGCUGUGGCAUGCGUUCCUCACUGCUUCUUCUUAUGCGCAGGCGGCGGCUGUGACGCGGGAGUCGGUGGUCCUUACUCCGGAGGAUGAAGACUCGCCUUUGGAAGAGCCUGCAAGAGAGAGAGGAGGGACCAGAGAACGAGAGAGGGAGAGCGCUACUCCUGCCCCUCUACCGACGGGGGGGAAGAGACACUCGAGUGGAGGCAAGGUUAAGAGAAGGAAGAAGAGUCGUGCGCUGUCAGCGAUGAAUGUUCCGCCAGGUGAGAGGGAGGGGUGGAUGGAGAGCCCGCUGAGAGGUGAACUGCCUCUGGCGGAGUGAGCGAAGUGGUGAGGAGAGGCAGCAAGGCAUUGGGAUGUGGUAUGCGUCUGGUUACUUGUUCUGUGUUGAACACUGAUUGAGAGUUGUGGACCAUUGGAGAUCGGCAGGGAAUG